ACCGCUAUAAACUAAGAUGCGUUCCGCGUACGCAGUACUACUCACCUAUGUUGUAUUCCAAGAACGCCCCCCCACAGAAACAAGUGAUCGCCCAUGCAGCUCAAAUACUCCCGAGGCAAACAUCCCACCACUCGGGGGGGAGGGGACAACUCCAUAAUAUGCGACACGAUCGAUCCAAUGACCACCCAGAAAAUGGAGGCGCCAAGGUCUCCAGAUCAGAGCGACCCGACUUACUGAGUACAGGGGUAUCACAGGAAAAAACGCAAAAGGGUACAGCAUGUCUUACAGAACCAUGGUACACUCAGAGAGUCAAGACUGUGUCAUGAAAGGCGGCGAUCAGCACUGCUGCUGGUUGAAUCUCGUUGAUAGCCGUAUUGGGUAUUCUUCUCCUCCACCCCAAUGUCGAGUCGGCGACGCCUUGUGUCUCUUACAGAGAACACGAACUUGAAAGCAACCCCGAAGGCCAGCCAGGCAAGAGCUACAGAAAUUAGACUGAUCACCCACACAGGCUGUGCUUGCUUUAUAUACACUGAUAUGAGGGAACAGAUGAUGGCCACUAGUACGACACCGUAGCACAGCCCUAGGACGAUGAAUAUGCACGGGGACACCUCCACACAAGGAGACAUAGUACAAGGCGAAAAAAG